AAAUGACUUGUUUGCAAAUGCCUGGGGGGGAGCAAUAAGUAUAGAUCGAGUAGACUCCAGCAUUACUUAAUAAUAUGUGCCCUUGCUUGUUGAUGACUGGGUACACUGGCAAAAAUGGGUCAUUCCGGAAAACAUAUGUACUGACAUGACUGAGGAAAUUGGAUGUUAAGCUCCCACGCCCCCAUGAUUCCAAGUCUGAUUUUUCCUUUCCCCAUCAGGGCGGCAAAAAUUUCCUCUGUAGGUUCUGGAUCUUUUCUGGAACGAUUCAAUCCAGUUGCAAGACUAUAUUUAAUGUUUUUGUAGUUUGAUAUAAAAAACAAAAGAGUGUUUUUGAAGAGAUCAAAGUGCGAAGGCAUCCGGUUGCAUGACUUGCACAUUGGAGCUGUAGUGAAUAUUCAUUCAAGACAGGUAGAUAUGACAUAACUGCAUGGAUUACAGUAUAUGGUUUUUAGUUCAAAGUCUCGGCACAAAAUCUUGGCAAAUUGUUGUGAUGAGGAGUGAAAAUCCUUAAAUCCACGUUAGUUUUUAAUAGGGCCAAAAAAAAUAUGUGGGUUUCCGGUUUCCCGACCCUACCUAGCUUUUGGACGUCGAAAUGCCGACCCUAAACUUUUUUAUUGGAUCAUGCUUGUAAGUGUUUCCACUUAGAGGAAAAAGUUUGUGGAAAAUUGAAAUUUGAGGCAAUAUUAGGGAAAUUUAUCUUUGGAUGUGGAAGCACUGACUAAACAAAAUGGCGUCCGCUUAUUCGGAAAAUUAAAAAGAAGUUUAAAAAAAAAAGGUUAAAACCGACCUACCCUACCUAAGUUUUUAUAAGAAGAAACCGGAAACCCGCAUAUUUUUUUUUUUUUGGCCUAGUUGUAGUGAUAUUUCUCCUCCAACUUUGGAUCCUUGCACUUUGUCAGAGUCUCUGGUCCGUCUGUGAAGUGCAAUUUAUGAAUCCUUGUUACCUAAUUUGAUUGAGUCUGAAGCAACUGGCCGUGCAGAUGGCACUCUUGCAGUCUUGCUUAUAUUUUAAAGCGUUGCACUGAAGUUAUUGCCCCAUCUCUUGCUGCUUUAUUUGAGAUAUCUAUAUGUAUAGAGAGCGGAAUAGUUGUUUCUGAAUGGAAACCUGCAAACGUGGUGCCCGUUCCUUACUCAAAAGGGACUCUCAUGAAGUCAUAAACUAUAGGCCUGUUUCAUUAGGCCCCGUUUAUAUGAGACUGGGAUGUAGUCAAACCUGUAUAUUAUGAAAUUCGAAAUUUUCAGUAUGUUCAUGCACAUGAGACCGCGAUGUAGUACGAAAAUCAUAAAUCUUUCAAUUCACAAAAUUUUGCCUGUCAUUUUAUUUUUUAUGCGGGUUUUUGCUCUACCAAAUCGAUACUUUUUGCUCACUACCAAAGGUCCCAGUUUAAAAGUGCAUGGUUUAAGCUUGCACAUUCUGUUACAUUACGAAUUGGUACCGAUUAUUAUAAGAUUUUGGUAAUUUUUUUUGUAAUUCUUGGCAAAAGACUCAGGAGUAUGAGAUGAAUAAAACAACCGAUUAUAUCUUUUAAAAGGUUUUUAAAUAAUUUUUACUACUUUUUGGUACUACAUGUUGCAACAACAGUAUUAAAGUUUAAACGUAAAAAAAUCACGAAUUUCAAUCGUAACUAUGAAAUAGCUAACAUUUACUAAAUUCUCUUUUGUGCCGUUGUCAUACUUGCACUUUAAGGCCCUGUCACACUAUUGCGUAUCGUACUACUGCAUGCUCAAAAAUAUUGUGCGUAUUGGACGUAUGGUUUAUACGAUAAGCAUACUCUAGGCACACGCUAGCUGAAUACGCUAGAGGUACGCCAGAUGUACGGUACUCAUACGCUGGCAUUUCAAAGGAUUUUUGUACGUUUGAAAAUUAUUUCAUUAAUUUUGAUACGCUUCUCAUACGUUUCUCUCAUACGCAAUAGUGUGACAGGGCCUUUGGCAUAGAGUAUAAAUGCAUGGAUACUAGUAUACUAUUUGUCGAUUUAUGACUUAGUUUAGUGAUCUUUCUGUUGUUUAUUUAGUUGACUAUAAAAGAUUAUGCAGAUAUAAGUACUUCCAACCGUUUGAAAUCCAAAAAUGAAAAGUAAGUAUAAUGUUUUGGUGAAAUAAAAAGUUUCUGAUGAGUUUUUAGAAGCUCGAACCUUGAUUAACUAUAAAAUUAAUAUAUUAAAAUGUAUUAUGCAGUAGAGGAGUGAUUUCUCUUUCAGGAUUGUUUUGGCUAGCUGUGCUAGUUGUUGAGCGCGGCUAUAGCCACUAUAUAUCUUAUAACAAAACCAAGAUUAACUACAUUUAUUUAUUAUAUAGGUUUACGCAAUAGUGAUUAUAGUUCAUUUCUACUGUAUAUAGAAAUGCACCGAAGAAAAAAGUGAAAUCCAUACUAUAUGUAUGGAAUUUGCAAUUGCAUCACUGAAUCCAUAGAUGUAUGCAUGCUAUAUACUUUUUUCCAUAUAUGAAAAUUGGAUUUCCAUAUACGAAGAUCCAUACUAUUUCCUAUAUGGAAUUUGAAAAAAUAGUAAGGAUUUUGAAAAAAUUCCAGUGAUGGUUUGUGAAUUGCCUACAAUUUUCUUUUUCAUAAGAAACUUGCUAGCCUGCGGGAACUCCCAUGGCAUGCAUCGCCAGGCGUAGUAAGGGACCACGCAACAAAUGAGAAAAGCUUUUCACGCGCUUUUCCAGGCUUUGGGGAAAAUAUUUAUGCAAGAAAAUACGCUGAUUAUGCGGAAGCGGUCAGCAUGUAAAUACUAAAUAAUAUGGCGCAUUGCAAGGAAUGAGGGUUCGAUACAGACAAGUUUUUCCCCCGCUCUAUUAUACAAGUGAAUAAUCAAUAAUUGGCCCGAUUUAUAAGACCAAACGUUUCCUGGGGCUCCUUACCGCAACUUUCUCUACAUUAGUGACUGUGCCUGCGACCCCUGCUGCAGCUUGCUCGGCGGCGCCACGCGUCUCCUCGCUCACCUCCCCUCUAAAGGUGAAUAAAUUUGAAAAUCCGUCUACGACUUUAUGCCUGAUGAUAACUUUGCAAAAUGUUUCAUGCACACUUAAUUACAUAUAAACACAAUGUUCCUAUUUUUGUAUAUUGCAAUAACAAUUGUUAAUUGUGUUCUUUUUGUGUUUAAAGGACUUUUGCAAUGGUUAAACCAGAUGCUAUUCAAGAAGUUGGUAGGUGAAAAAUAUUUGACCAUUUGAAAGAGUGAAUUUUAAAAUGAGAUGGAAAACGUUUACAGCAUCAUCAAAUGUUAAUUGCUUAAGGCCCAUCUACACGAUACGACUAGUCGCAUAGUAUAGGUAUACUAUUCUUAUCCUGGCGUAUGUACUUAUAUGUUACUAAUAAAUACGUGUAAAGAUGUCACAUUCAGUCAAAUUUCGCAGGUAUAGUGGCGUCAGCAGUCGUUUACAUAUACGCCAGAAUGACAAUCGUAUAAAUUUCUCCAAAUGUUUUGACCAUAAUCAUCAUAAAUCUGCCUCGUCCACAGGCGUCUCUUGGUCUCUUACAGCGCGAACGCGAAAGGAAAGUAGAUGAAAAGCAGAUGGAAAAGCGACGAGAGAAUGGAAAAGCGGCGAGAGAAUACAUUUUUCUCGCGCGCCGCCUUUUCCUCUCGAUCGCGAAAUUAUCUUCAUAAUUAAUAAUAAAAAAUUAAUAAUGAAAACGAAAUUAUAUUAAAGAGACGUCUGGGUACGAGGCAGAUCAUAAAUCAAUGUGCUGUCCGCCAUCAGAUCUUGGAUUAUUGUGGAUAUAUGCACGUUACGUCACAAGCAUGCAGGGUCACGCUAUUAUUUUACCCAGAUAUGCAAUGAAUUGAUCAUUAUAAGCCCAAUAUUAUACUUCGGUCACUAUUUCAUCUAAACAUUUUUUCUGGCGCACACAUGUAGUAGUUUUAUAAUAUGGAAACCCUGCUUUUGACGACGUGACCAAAACCACCGUUAAUGAGAUAAACAAUUAAUCCAUGAUGGCGUACUCUCAUUGUUUUCGUGCAAACUAUUUUAAAAACUAUAAGCAAGGUAUGAAAAAGUAUGCAAGUACUUUUAUCUAUACAGUAUAUAUCAGAGCAAUCAAUUGUGGAUUUAUUGUUGUAUGCAGGUACCAUUAUUGACACAGUCUACCAGAAUGGGUUUGCUAUUUGCAACAUGAAAUCAGUGAUACUCUCAAGGUAAGACAAUAAAAUAAAUAUUGUACUUAUUUUUUCAUCAACUCUCAUGAAAUGUCUUCUUUUUGUCGUGGACUCACGGUUGAGGCAGGGGCGUACCUUGAUUGUACAAAUCAGAAGUGUUUGAGAUCGAGAAAAUUGGAGAGAAAAACUCAAGCCCCCUCCGAACAUUAAUUUGUACUAUAUACUUGGCAAUAAAAUUAAGUUGAAGGGUUUGUAUAGAUCGAAAUUAUCGAGCGUAAAGUCCAGUUACAUGCACGUCUCUGGCAGGAAUCGAACUGCGGCCCUGCCCUUCCGGUGCAGCGCUCUAACAAACUGAGCUACUGGUGGUUUGAUUCCUGCCAGAGAACGUACGGUAUACUGUAGUUCCAUUUUUCACAGCUGUUCCUGGUCAAAUGUAUAUAUAUAUAAAAUAUACGCUCAAAAGUUCCAUCUACAAACCUUUCAACUAUUAUCCAAUCGAGUGAGCCAACGUUGUUGUUGCCGAGAUGUUGCCAACAAAAUCUUGCAAUAAAAUUAAGCCCGCCCCGACCUUCCAUAAUUUUUCUCUAUCUUGAUUGGUUGUGGAUAUAUGUUGACCAGAAACAUUGUGUGGUCCGCUGUCUUGUUUUAUACUUCGAAUAAUUAAUUGGAGUUUUGAUGACGUCUGUUAAAAUUGAUACGUCGUGGUCUAGACUUUUUUUAUUGCACGUUUGCAUGCCCCCAAUUGCAUUGUUUCCAUGCAUGUUUGCCUAUUUUUAGCACGGUAUGAAAGUUAGGCUAUAUACCUAUAUGUUUCGUGCGCGAAUAUAUCUUUCUCUUUGAGCCCAAUCACAAAUCUAUAUUAUCGCGGGUUCGAUUCCCAGUCGUGGUCUCAUAUGCUCGUAAGAAGAACACAUACAUCACACGAGUAGAAUCUCAGGAGAACAUAUGCAUAUGUAUAUAACAUUUACUAAUAUCUUCAAAAACAAAAACGAUACAAAAAAGUUUUUUGAACAACGUUCUUCCUUUUUUAGCCUAUACUGCUCCAUGUUUAAAGUUUUUGGAUGAUGUAUCAAUCUGAGUGUGUAUGUAUAGUUGACGAAAAAAUAAUGUUCACCACUAUUUUUAGAAAUGAAGCUGAAGAAUUCUAUAGGGAGCAUUUUGGCAAGCCUUUCUUCAAGUACGUAUUUACAGUAAUUAUAUUAUAUAGUAAUUUAGUAAACCGAUAUUUGGACAACCGAAUUUUUUCAAGAAUGGAACCCCAAUCUGAAUGGCACAUAGUAGCUCACUGUGCCAUCGAUUUUCCAAUGAAUACGCUAUGUAUUUAAGAAAUAGAAAACGAGUGGCGUGCGUUUUAUGGUGUGAUUAUGCAGGAGGGGGAAUGUUGGAAGAAUACGAGAGAAGCGUAUAGGCGAGUACUGCGCCUGAAUUUUCUGGCGGGCGAAGGAACAAAAACAUUAUAAAUUUUGGAAAAUAAACUCAGUGGGGAAAAAUGUUGGGAAAUGACAAAAACAACCCACUCUGAUAAGGAGACGAAUUUGCUGCGUUUUACAAGCCGGAUUUGGCACGAAAGCAGUGGAGUCCAAGGUUUUCGUCGAAUUGUUUUGUUUUCGUUUUAUUUCAAGAUAUGUCAAGUAGUUUUUAUAUGAAGCAUUUAAGGUACUUUCGUAAUGAAAUUUAUUUGGUUUUGUACCUUUUUUUCUAUUUUUUGUGUAUUCCUGUAGUUUUUAAGCUUUUUUCGGCUAGUUUCAUGCGGACUCAGAAACAUUUGGGAAAAUCUAUUUGCCUUGCUUCUCUUGUUGGCUAUUUUUGCACAAAUUGUUUUGCCAAGAAACCAGAGACAAACCAGAAAAACUAAAAAUCAAGACAAUGCAUUAUGGCGUUAUAAUGCACGCACAUUAGCCAAUCAAAUUACGUGUUAUAUUUCACUUAUAUUAUAUAGAGAAUAAUACAUGGGUGCGCGGAAAUAACAGAUUUAUUUCGAGUGUUGAAAACAGAGACGGAUUUUCAGAGACGGAUUUUCAUAUUUUCGUUCGGGGGGGGGGGGUGGAUAAAUAUCUGGGAGGAGGGUGCUGCUGCUUGCUUUGGCCGGGGCCUGGUGGCAACGCCCGGAAAGGCCAAGGAAAAAGUUUAACAAAAUUUGUUUUCUAGGCCUGCAUGACAAGAUCUGAGACCAUAAUAUUGGUAAUUUUACAAAUUUAGUAGUAAGAAUAAUCAAAUAUGAAACUAUCAAAUCAAAAUAUAUAUAAUUUGCGGGGGUGCAAAAACUUUUGGGGGCGGUGCCAAAUGCCUCUGGGUGUGUGUGUGCAAAUCAUUUCUGGGGGGGGGGGAUGCGCAUCCCCUCCCCCGCAGAAAAUCCGUGCCUGUUUGAAAAGCGAUAAUUUUUACAGAAAAUCGAUAAUUGAAAAGCGAUCAUUUUCACAUGUGAAAUUAUCAUAAAAUAAUCUCACAUGUGAGAUUAUCAGUUUUAUCAGUGCUCGAAAUCUCUAUAUAAUAAAUAUAAAUACAGUAUAAAGCAAGAGUGUCAGCGGUGAAUACACUAUAAUGCAUGUCUUUGUUAUAAUAAGCCCUUAUGAGAGCUGAGAAGCGAGAGUUUGCAUGAGAAUUUUCUCAAUUCUGAUGAUACCCGGUGAUAUUAAUUACUUUUCAUACCAGCAAAAACGCCCAUCGACUCUCAUCAAAAUUAGACUGACGAAGCUCAGUUGAUGAGAAUGCAUAUACAUGAGAGUCGAUGAGAAGUCUCGCCAACUCAUCAACUCUCAUCCUCGUUUGACCUGGGCUUGAGUAGCCUAUAUAUAUAAUGUUGAAUCAAGUAUAACGACCACGGUCAAUUUACUGUAUUGUAAUAGAUGAUUGCAUAUGUUGUUAUAUUUUCGUACUUAUGUUACAGCACUCUUAUGUCUUUUAUCACAUCUGGACCUGUGUUAGCCAUGGAGCUGAAGGCAGAAAGCGCGGUAACUCGCUGGAGAUCUUUGUUAGGUAUGUCCAAAAUUGAACCAUGCAUGCUUAACAAAUCCAAUUUUUUUUUUUCAAAUCCAAUGCAGUAAUAAAUUUACGUGGUGUUUCCACAAACAAAAACAAUUAUAUUUUAUCGCCAUGCAAACAUUCAAAGAACUUAUUAAAUCCAAUUUUGUUACAUUUCACGUCACGAAAAAUAAAACUGCUGAUAGCUAGGAUAUUGUCGCAAAAAUGUCAUUGAAACUUGUAAAAUCCUAAUGAUCAUCGUGGCUCAACCGAAAACCGCAGAAAUUAGAUUGGCUCUUCACAUUUCUCGUUUAAGCUGUUCUCUCUAUCCUGUAAGGGCCAUUCUUUAUUGCUCAAGUGAGAAAACCUCUGCUUUCGAGUCUCCCCGGGCUGGAAUGUCACGUUCUGAACGGUGGCGAAGAAAUCAUCAUUGCCUGCAGUAGCUGGGCUUGGAUGGAUACUAAAUAAAUUCAAAAAUUGUUCUUUUGUUUUGAAAAAACUUGUUUUAGUCUUCUAGAUAAUAAAUGCAUGCUUGGCAAAUGUUUACAGUUAAUAUAACAAUAACUAUAUUUGACGUCAUCCUUUAAUUGUUAGAGGUUCUUGCUGACCUUUAACAUGAUCAGGGGCCAGUUGUUCAAAGCUAGGUUACCUUUAACCCUAGGUUAACCUGAAAUUCAAAGCAAACUUUCCAACAGCUUGUUUAUAAAUUUAGAAAUAUUUCUUCAGAGAUCGUGUCUGAAUCAGUAUGGGAGUUUUCUUCUCUGAAGUUGUGAAAUAAACAGACGUGUAGAAAUACAUAAACUAAAACAGCAGGUUAAAUUUUAACCUAGGGUUAGGGCUAAUCCAGCUUUGAACAAACGGCCCUUGUUGUUUGGUAAGACCAGUGUGUCCAGGGGCGGAUCUAUAGCAUCAUCUGUAAAGAGGGGUGCAGGUUUUUUAUCGGCCGGUUGUGCACGAGGGAGCCUUACUGCCGAUUCUUCUGUGUAAUCUGCAACGCUACUAUCCCAACAUUACAAUCAUUUGAGAUGGCCGAAUCUGCAUAUUCGCCGUUCUUUUACGUUUUACAUUAUCUUUUCUUUAUAAAGUUUAUAUCGGCUUUUUAUCGCGUAUGCGUGACUGCAUGGACUGUUGCUGUAGCACAGUACAGUAAAUUUGCUUGUUAAAGUACUGUAUAUUUCAAAUGCAUGGCUGUAUAUAACGACCUCGUCAUGUUUACAUAUUUAACAUUUAACAUGUUAUUUAUCACAAAUCAAUUGAAUCGUUUCAAGAAAUCGAGAACACACGCUAACAGUAGAAGUUCCGCUGAUCGCUAUUCGAAAAUCUCAGAAAAUGUAUGGGGUGCUGGACUUCUCCAGAGGGGGGGGGGGCUGCUAGACACCACUAGGUGGGCUGCGCACCCCCUUGCACCCCCACGGUAGAUCUGACCCUGAGUGCGUCUAUAAGAUAGCCGGGCGGAUAAAGCGGCAACAGAAGCUACUGAAACAUGUGUGAUGCGCUUCAAGGCCUGGGACUAACUCGGCUACGUUUUCAUCACUGACAAGAAAAAACCGGUGCGAAAUUCAAAGAAACUGAUUAAAUAUCUUAUUUUGUCGAAAUUAUUGAGUCAAUGGUUGAUAUACUGUACUUCUGUUUAUUUUGUUAACCAUGUAAGUAACACACUAAUCUUUAUUCCUUUCAAAUCACAGAGUAGGAAUUUUGCAUUGGCAAAUUCUAAGUUUUUAAGGAUUCGUAAGAAAUGUUUUAGGGAACUGACUCAGUGUUUAACGGCGACCUUUCGUAUUAUUAUUAUUGAUCACUCUUCAUUUUGCAGUUCCGGCUCUCACUUUAUGUAAUUAUUAAAUACCUUACACUGUCACCAAAACUUUGCAAAUCCAAGGACGGCAAUAACCUGAUCACUUUAUUUUGGUAUUCCUUUUACUGUAGGUCCAACUGAUUCGAGGGCGGCACGAACUGAAGCACCAAGUUCUCUUCGCGCAAGAUUUGGAUUUGGUAUGUCACCAUUUGUUAUCAGUUAUAUAGUAAACCGGAGCUUUUUUAUCUGUCUAAUUCAGGCACAUCGUCAUCAGGUCGAGCUAGCUCGGUCACCCAUGACUUAGGGACCGGUCAUUAUUUAUGGCGGGGGUCGCACCGAAGAGAAACGUUUUUCUUGGCCCACCCCUGACCAACAACUUCACAAACGGAUUCCAUUCAGUUGUGGCCAUACAUGAGUUUGAUAACUGCGUGUGCAAUUUCAUGUUGUUUGUACAUGUUCUUACUCAUUUGCCUCCUGGUAAAUCGGAAAAUAAUCAAGAUAAUGACUCUGAUUGAUUGAUUGAUUGAUUGAUUCAUUGAUUGAUUGUAUUGACAUAUGACUGUUGGCAUUGCCUUUUAGUCGUCAAUAUUUGAAUGCGUCAUGCUUUGGGAGAUGACAAUAAAUGUUUAUUACCCAACCCUUGAGUUGUUUUGUUUUUCAUUUAUCCAACCUUUUACUUACCGUACUCAAAAUUUUGUUCGCCAAACCCUUUUCUCUUCGGUGCCACCCCCGCAAUAAGUAAUGACUGACACCUUUGUCACCAGGAGAUAAUCUGUGAGACAACAGUGUUUACAUAUGUUUAUGCUUGUCCACGUACCUGCAUGAGUGCACACCCUAGGCCUGGAAAAAAUAAUCUCCGUCUUAGUUUCUGUUACUAAUACCCAGCCUAGACCUACAUAGGACAUUCACUGGGCAGGCGACACUUGAUUUGCAGGUUAACCUACUUCAAUGACGCCACGAGAUACCGUGUAAAGUCCUAGUGAAUUUCCAAAUUCCGCAGAAUUCAAAAUAAUAUGGUUUAUUUACUUCGCAAGAGAAUCUCCUGCAUUGUUUUCGCCAUUGCCUAGGUUCCAUCCAGUCUUCUCAAACGGGAAUGCACUGAAAUAUAAAUACAGUAGAAGGCCCUAGGGCUAGACUGCAAUAUUCUGUCCAUGGUUUCCAAUAGAAUUUGGAAUAGGAGGCUUUUUGAAGGGUGUAGGCGGCUAUGUGGUUAUUGUGAUUGUGGUGCAGAAGAUACUACUUGCCUGAGGGGGGGGGGGAUUCGAGGGCGUCGUCCAUUUUCACUUCAACUAAAUGGUUUGGUGGUCGGAUACUUUUUCCACCGCUGGCACACUCGCUAUGAUGAAGUGUGCCACCAUGUUAAUCUUGUGUCUUAAGCGCAGCUUGGAAAUGUCAUACAUGCUUGCCAUCUACUAUAUAUAUGACCACGCCAUAAUCAUAACUAGGAAAUAGACCCUUUUUUAGUGCCAUUAAUCGCUGUCACUACCGGCAGAGCGACACAGUAUCCCCUAUAGCAUUUAGUUUAUACUGAUUAAAGAUUUGUGACAGUAUAAUUAGCUUUUUUUGAACAGAUAACACGAAGAAUGCGUGUCACGGAUCUGAUUCUGAUCAGUCAGCGAAUAGAGUGAGUAUUUGACCAUGCCAUUGUGACUUAAUCUUGGGUUAUUUUCAAGUCAGGAUAUUUAUAGACUUUUUCAACGUCUUUUCCAAAUGACAUCAUUUUUACUCAAACUUUCCUUGCUUGCUGUUAAAAAUUAGGAAAUAUUUCUGAGGCGGACUUAUGGUAACUAUAAGAUGUAUAGAUUUUAUAUACUGUAUACCGUAAAUUAUUUAUAAGUAGUAGCACGUCUUGCAAAUUGAGGGAAAUGAGCGAUUAAUUUUGCCCAAGGAAUAGUUAUGACUUUCAGAAAUAUUGCAAUUGCAGAAAACAAAGGGGGGAUUUAAUCGCCAGGUGCCUGAAUGUUAUGUACUGUUUAAUAAACGAGCAGGAGUGUUUUGUUAGGUUUAAAGCCACGAGCGCGUCGCGCGAGUGGCUUUAGACCUAAUAAAACACAACCUGCGAGUUUAUUAAACGGCUUCAAACACGACUACAAAUUCAAUAGAUAUACUGCCUUAUUAGUAUACUUUAUAUGAACUUAUAAAGAAUACUAAUGAGGACACGACUACAAUAGAUACUGCCUUAUUAGUAUUCUUUAUAUAAAGAAUACUGCAAAUAGGAGUGUUUUAUCAGGUUUAAAGCCACUGCACGUGACAUAUUAUGGUUGACAUGAUUUGCCAAUAAGCUUAUGAAUUAUUAAUGAGUGUUUGAAUGGUUUGUUACACUAUGAUCUACGAGGAAAACUUUACCCGGAAAAUUUGCAUGAAUUCAUGUUAGUAUUAUAUGUCAUAUUCUGAGCAUGUAUGCAAGCAAACUGUGGUGCAAGCUAAACAUGAUCCCAUGCACAAUGAUUGUGGUCGAAGUGCCUGUAAAGUUUUUUUUUUACCCGAGAGGCACGGUUUUACGCGAAAAACCAUGGGUGGAAGAUAUACAACAAGCAACGCCUGCCCCCUGAUACAACCAUGGGUGGAAGAUAUACAAUAGGCAACGCCUGUCCCUCCAUAAUAAGCUGCAUGAAACUGUUUAUUAAGUUUAAACAAAAAUCCAGACCAUAAUCCGCGGGUUUGUUACCCCAUGAGAAUCGCUCUUGUUACAACUUGAGAAAGCCGCAUGAACUGGUUGUGCCACGCUAUAAACUACAAUUUCAGGUCUUCAAAGUCUUUUUUUCCUCCACAGCUAGGGCUUAUAAUUGUAAAUAGUAUAAUAAUAUUUUAUAUAUAUAUAUAUAUAUAUAUAUAUAUAUAUAUAUAUAUAUAUAUAUAUAUAUAUAUAUAUAUAUAUAUAUAUAUAUAUAUAUAUAUAUAUAUUUUCUUUUUAACUUAUGCGUAAAUUACGCAAUUCGGCUUCAUAAUGGCCGCUAUGCAAUUUCUCAUUAAUAAAUCUAAUCUAAAGCUGUCUCCUCUUUAAUAGGGCCCCCCUCUCCCAUGAGCUAUCCCCUCUCCAACAGGUUAUCUCCUCUUCAAAUAAUAUCUCAUAUUAAUAUUGAUGUGUUUAUAAUUAUACAGGAAACUGAUUUCUUUUUCAAAUCAAAUGCUAAACGACAAAGCACGGCAAGAUUUGCAGACUGCACACUCUGUGUUAUCAAACCUCAUGCAGUCAAGGAAGGUAGCCCAUUACGUUUUAAAAAAUAUAUUUAGUAUGCCUCAUUGUGCCUUCCAUCCACGGGUGUGUCUAAAAAGUAGCCUGCAUGGCAGGCCCUCAAUUUUAUGGGGGGGGGCCCUGAUUUGCAGCGGGCAGGAUUUUGGCAUGAAAGGUGGUCUUUCCUGCAGCUGCCAAAAUCCUGCCCGCUGCAAAUCAGGCCCCCCCAUAAAAUUGAGGGCCUGCCACGCAGGCUAUCUAAAAAAAGAAUGUGAACCACUAUACACUUCAGUCGUCUUGAUUCUAUAUAUGCAAGAUUCAUUAAAUUAUAGGAUUUUUCAAUUACGCCAAGUGAGAAUUAACCCGUUGAGCGCUAGUGCUCUUUCCUUGACCGGUAAAAUCGUCUGGCGUUAUAGACAGAGUAAGAUAAUAAAGUAGGGCGCAUUUGGGCGCAAUACAACUUAAUGGGUUAAAGACUUUAAUGCAUGGUUUUUAUACAAACCUCGUGCAAACCCUGCUGGGCUGUCUAAUUAAAAGGCCUUUCGUAAUUAUUGGGGAGUGAGCUGUAUAAUCUGUAUAUUAACUAAGCACUAUGAUCUUAAAUAUUGUUGAUCAUGUUGCUAUAAGUUAAAAAUUGGAGGUUUAUCCCUUGAGCUUUGGCGACGUCAUCCACCACAGAAACAUCGGCUAAACAAGAUUUGUUUUUACCAAGCAUCAUGCAUGCACACUCGAAACAAGUUUUCUAUCCAGACUUACUCGUUAUCUAUCUAAAAAUAUAUUGAAUUUAUUGUUUACUCCACAAUGACUUUUAUUUUUAAGGGGUCGCAGGAAAGAUUCUCAUGGCCAUCCAAGAAAAUGGUUUCUACUUGAACGCUUUACAAAUGGUUAGAAAAUUAUAUAGUUUACUAUACAGUUAACCGUAAAUUAUAUACUUUAUUGAUAAUUCAUGUGAAAAGAAUGUUUUACAAUAAUAUCAUGCAGUUUUCUCCAGAUAUUCGCAUUCAACAAUAAAAGAAUAAUAUUCCUAAAUUUAAUGACAUAAUUUUUUUUUUCAUUUUCAACAAUUAUCUUAAGUAUAUAUACGCGUAUAUAUAUCCCUAGAGCAUACUUUUCACCUAAAAUAAUAUUUUUGUGGUGUGAAAGCAAAAUGAAGAACGUAGCACCGAAACUGAUUAGUAUAAUUUUUUUAAAGAACUGAAGAUGAAACUUACGGAACAUUAUACAAAUAAUGAAUGUUUAUUCGUGCAAUGGUAAGAAUAUUUUCAUUCGGUGAAAGAUGGAAUGUUCCAUUCAACGAGGCGACAGCCGAAUUGAAUGGAACAUUCCAUCAUCACCGAAUGAAAAUAUUCUUACCAUUGCACGAAUAAACAUUCAUUAUUUGUUUUAUAUAAUACCAAAAUAGACUAAUAGAUUCGUAUGAGAAGCAUUUUGACGGAUGCGAUUUAUCGAAAACACAAAGAGUACAAUGGAAUAAAACGUAUAGUACAAUUGCACUCGCAAAGAGUGCAAUUAAUAACGAAUUCCAUUGCACUCUUGGGAAAUGGAAUUUUGUAUUCAAUAUCACGUGACCAUAAACAGCCAAUUAAACGAUCAGAAUUCAAUAAGGUAUAUUACAUAAAAAGGCAUAUAAAAGCAUUUGGGUUACGUUUGUCAUGCAUUUAGUACUAUUUGCACUCAUACAAAUUAACAAGACAUUUCAAACGUAGUCGGUAUAGUUUGUUGUCAAGAUCUUAAACUCCUUAUUUUAUGACCGAACAAACAUGCAUGCGCAAAGGAUUUCAAUUUCUUGCCAAACGGUGCGGUAAAAAUGUGAAAUAGUAAAAGUGUUCAAAGAUUUGAGUGCGGAGUUAUAUUCUUAAUAAUUUAUUGAAUAUGUUUAUACAUUUUAUUAAAUUUCCAUUUCAGUUUCACAUGGAAGUCGCAAAUGCACAAGAAUUUUUUGAAGUCUAUAAAGGCGUUUUGCUCGAAUAUAGCGUAAGUUACUGUCCAACUGUUAUUUGGUGGAAAUGGUGGGGGUGGUGGAAAAAAUUUAAGGGAGAUGCGUUGGUGUAGCUCAGCCCCAUGGAAUGUUAGGACUUAGAACUUAGGUCUUGACUCUAAACUUACACAUAAAAAUUUGGUCAAACUUCACUUUGGUAUAUCAUUUUUAACCUUCCUCACUGGGAAGUGCAUAACUUUUAAAGGGAGGUGCAGAAUGAUCUAGGGGGGGGGGGGUUGGAAAAGGCUUAGCAUAAUAUCAAGAAGUAUCCCAAGAGAAGUAUCCAGUACCGACCAGGUUCAAACCAAUCAUUGUGUGACCACAAUAAGUAAUAUGGUGGACUGAUUUGUCGAUGUACAGUAUGAGAUAAUUAAGCCGAUAAUACAAAAAGGUUUCAAAGCUGCAACUUUUUCCAUGACUGAAUUUCUCCUGUUUUUUUUUCAACUUUAGAAAAUGGUGGAUGAACUAUGCAGUGGACCAUGUAUUGUUGUUGAGAUAUGUGGUGAAGGUGAUGUUCAUAAAGCGUUUCGGGACUUUGUUGGACCUUCAGAUCCGGUACGCUUUUGUCGGAAUAAAGUAAUUUACCGUAUUUCCUCUAUGUGGCUCCCCAUUCUAAUUAGCCCCCUGUCCAUAUGGUUACAACUGACGCGGCGGAGGAGGGGAAAAGGAGACAAGGUUGGCAAAGUCCAUAGCCAAGCUGCACGAAUCAUCAUAAACAAAGCCUUCUAAAUCGAAAUUACGGAAAACUUAGAAGGCUUUGUGUAUGACACGUGGAGCUUGACUAUCGGAUCUUGCCAACUUUGUCUCCUUUCCCCUCCAUCGCAUCGUCGUGAAUUUUACUGCAAAAAGUCAGAAUAUCUUUGAGAAUAUCUUUAUAUACCAAAGAUUUAAAUAUAAAUCGCAAAGUGUGUCUGGGAUACUAUCAUGGUACCAACUGAUAGUUCUUCUGUCUUUAUCAGGAAGUAGCUAAACACCUUCGUCCUCACACAUUGCGUGCUAAGUUUGGCCUGGACAAAGUAAGGAAUGCAGUUCACUGUACUGACUUACCGGACGACGCAUGUUUGGAGGUAAGGCGUUUUUAAGUUAUUUCUAGGGUAUAUAAAAUUUGAGUAGGAGACGUUAAUUCAAGACUUUUACCUGCACGACUGGUAUACUCUAAUAACUAUUGUCGCGUACUUAAGCUGGUACAAACCAGGGCGCUAUAAAACAGGGUGUUUUAUAGCGCCCUGUACAAACUUAAUACUCAAGGUCUACUUGGUCUUUAAGAUGAACAAUAUAAAGUACAGGUUUCUGAGAAGAUUCGAUUGAUGUUGCGGAUAACGCUACUUUUAUAAUCCGCCAUUUUGGCGAGGAUUUUGACUGAGAAGAGUUGAGGACAUGUAUGGUAAAAUCAGGAUUACAAUAGACCUUCUUAUAAUGACGUCAAACGCGGAAAACCAAUUUACGCAGUGUCCCACAGGACACUUUUAGCAACAAUUUAACGACGAUCGCAAUGCAAGUCGUUGGCGAGCCAAUAAAUUUCAUAAAUGAUUUUAAAAAUUGUCCCUUGGGACGUCAGCAUUAUUAAGUGUUUUUCCGCGUUUGACAUCAUUACAAGAAAGGUCUAUUGAUAAAUUUGAUGAAAUUGUGAACGCUAUCUUUUACAGGUCGAAUAUUUUUUCAAUAUACUGAAUCAAUAAAUGUAUACCGAAAAACAGAACGUUUCAACAUCAGUGAUAUGCAGUCAUCGUGGAUAUGCAGCCAACAUUCAUUUUUCUUCCUUUAUAAAAUUAAUGUAAAUCAUAGUAAUUCAUUGCAUGCAUGCACAUAGCUUUUAUUGUAAAUAUUGUUAUUGUUUCACAUAUGAUGUACAGUUUUAUUGAAAUAAAAUGUAUUGCAAGUUAAAA